AUGUCAUCAGCUGGGGAUAUUAUCUAUAAGGCUUUCAUGCCUACCUUGAAGAUGGUCUUAUGUAUCAUGCUUGGAUUCGCAGCUACGAAGAAAGGAUGGCUGACUGCUCCAGGAGCGAAAGGACUUGGUGCGAUUGUGGUCCAAAUCACACUUCCAGCAUUGCUGUUUUCAUCAAUGGUCACAGCAUUUACCCCUGAUAACAUCAAGGCUUUUGGUCCGUUAGUGGUGAUAGCUGUCUUGUAUCAGCUGCUGGGAAUCACCUUCGCUUGGAUAAUAAGGGAGCUUUUUUACGUGCCAAUAGAUUUUAGAUGGGGAAUUUUAGUUUCCGGACUAACUUCGAACUGGGGCAAUCUACCAACGGCAAUUGUGCAGACAAUGGCGAAAGAGUCCCCUUUCAACCCUGCAGUAGAUGUAGACUUGGGUGUAGCUUAUAUCGCCAUCUUCAUAUUCAUCAUGAACACGACAUUUUGGGGAUUAGGGGUUCAUAGGAUGUGCGCAUGGGACUUUCAAGAGAACCGAAGAAGACCGGAUCAGCCCCCACUGAAAGAAAGGUGGUCAUCACAGCUAGAAUUGACCAAAGGAAGAAUAACGAAAUGGACGGGUAUGAGAAACCGACAUUCAGGAUCAAAUAUAGAUAUGGAGAGUCAGACCAUACCUGGAAUGGAGAUGAUGGGCAAUGUAGAAGAUAAAGCGGAACAAGACAAUAACUUUGGGCAGAACAACAUCGAGCCUUAUAUUCCUGCCAGCAGCAGUCCUGGAAAUUCUUCUCAAGAAAUUGUACCUGUCGCAAGGAUAUCCACUUUUGACAACGCGACAUCCUUGAGGAGAAACUCGAGUAAAGUUUCAGACAUUCAAAGAACAUCAGAUCCAGCUCCCAGUGUUCACGAGAGCGAUAACGUGUUGCCUGUCCAACCUUUGUGGAAGAAAAUCGUUCUCACGAUAUACGAGCUACCCAACGUUACCAAAGCUAUCAUUAUCAGUAUACCCAUUGCUACGGUCCAGCCACUGAAAUCGUUAUUCGCUGAAACGGAGGGUUGGUCGGGAAGUAGAAUGCCAUAUGGUCCAGAUGGGAAUCCACCUUUGCAUUUUGUCAUUGAAUUCAGUUCAUUCUUGGGUGCGAUAGCUGUGCCUGGGGCUUUACUUUUACUGGGUGCCAGUUUCGCUAGACUGAGGGUACCGAAAAAUUGGAGAGAUCUCCCGCUUGGUGCUAUCAUAGCUCUGACUUGCUCGAAAAUGAUCCUCGUACCUAUUUUCGGGAUAUUCGUGAUUCAAGCCUUCCGAGAUCAUACCUCCCUGUUCCCUCGGGAAGAUAAGAUUCGUACUUUUAUUGCGAUACUUCUGUCCGGAACGCCAUCUCAAGUGAUACAGCUAGUUGUCACCCAAACAUACAAUCCGGAUGGCACUGCUGAGACCCUGUCAACCUUUUUACUUCUCCAAUACGCUCUGAUGUUCAUUCUCUCAACAGCUCUCGCUGCGAUAGCAUUGUAUAUAGUGGAGAGGUAG